UAUACCUAUUGAGAAAGGGCUAAGGGAUAUCCUGCUUCCUGAAGGUCCUGGCGAAUCUUGUGUGCCACGGCCGGCGGUGAAAAAUCUGGAGGAUAUUCAUCCGCCAAUUGUCAAGUUUUCGGGGCAGUGGGAAACAAGAGUUGGGACAUGGACAGCCGCUUGCAGGAGAUCCGGGAGCGGCAGAAGUUACGGCGGCAGCUCCUUGCGCAGCAGUUGGGAGCCGAAAGUGCUGACAGCAUUGGUGCUGUAUUAAAUAGCAAAGAUGAGCAGAGGGAAAUUGCUGAAACAAGAGAAACUUGCAGGGCUUCCUAUGAUACCUCUGCUCCAAAUGCAAAACGGAAGUACCAGGAUGAAGGAGAGGCAGAUGAAGACAAGAUGGAAGAAUAUAAGGAUGAAUUAGAAAUGCAGCAAGAAGAAGAGAAUUUGCCAUAUGAAGAGGAGAUUUAUAAAGAUUCUAGUACUUUUCUGAAGGGAACACAGAGUUUAAAUCCCCAUAAUGAUUACUGCCAACAUUUUGUAGACACUGGACAUAGACCUCAGAAUUUCAUCAGGGAUGUAGGUUUGGCCGACAGAUUUGAAGAAUACCCUAAACUGAGGGAGCUCAUCAGGCUCAAGGAUGAGUUAAUAGCCCAGUCUAACACCCCUCCCAUGUACUUACAAGCAGAUAUAGAAGCCUUUGACAUCAGAGAACUGACACCUAAAUUUGAUGUGAUUCUUCUGGAACCCCCUUUAGAAGAAUAUUACAGAGAAACUGGCAUCACUGCUAAUGAAAAAUGCUGGACUUGGGAUGAUAUUAUGAAGUUAGAAAUUGAUGAGAUUGCAGCGCCUCGAUCAUUCAUUUUUCUCUGGUGUGGUUCUGGGGAGGGAUUGGACCUUGGAAGAGUGUGUUUACGCAAAUGGGGUUACAGAAGAUGUGAAGAUAUUUGUUGGAUUAAAACCAAUAAAAAUAAUCCUGGAAAGACUAAGACUUUAGAUCCAAAGGCUGUCUUCCAGAGAACAAAGGAACACUGCCUUAUGGGGAUCAAAGGAACUGUUAAGCGUAGCACAGAUGGGGACUUCAUCCAUGCCAACGUUGACAUUGACUUGAUCAUCACGGAAGAACCUGAAAUUGGCAAUAUAGAAAAGCCUGUAGAAAUUUUUCAUAUUAUUGAACAUUUUUGUCUUGGUAGAAGACGCCUUCAUCUAUUUGGAAGAGACAGUACAAUUCGACCAGGCUGGCUAACAGUUGGACCAACUCUUACAAAUAGCAACUAUAAUGCGGAAACAUACGCAUCCUACUUUAGUGCCCCUAAUUCCUACUUGACUGGAUGUACAGAAGAAAUUGAGAGACUUCGACCAAAAUCACCUCCUCCCAAGUCUAAAUCUGAUCGGGGCGGGGGAGCUCCCAGGGGUGGAGGGAGAGGUGGAGCUUCUGCCGGCCGCGGACGAGAAAGAAAUCGAUCUAACUUCCGAGGAGAAAGAGGUGGCUUUCGCGGGGGCCGUGGAGGAGCACACAGAGGUGGCUUUCCACCUCGGUAACUCUGUAAGACACUGGUCCAUUAAUGCCCCCUCCAUCUUCUUUACUGUAGUUUGAAUUCCAAUUGGGAGACUCAGUGUAGUACUCCCUUCCAGCGCGCCCUCUGCUUUAGUCUCUUUACGCUGCAGGAACACCUUAGCCGUCUCCCGCGCAGUCAUCACACACGCUGUGUAGUUUUGUCCAGGAUCAACACCAUCCUGCCUUUGGUCGUGCGCAUGUAACUGAACAAUGCAACAUAUACCUUCCUUUCAGAGACCAAUUCAUUCUGAUAGAUUCCAACUAAUUAUAAAGGCUUUUGCUUUUUAGAAGUAGUUUAAGUGAACAGUGAAAAAACGCCAUCUGUAGUAUCCCACGAGUGCCAAGGCAGAUGAUAGUAGCCACCCUGCCACUGCUGUCACAGCAAAUGGAAAGCGGUUCGGGAGCCUUGACGGAAUGGAUUUGGGACAGAUGGUUAACUUCUGUCAGGGUUUUAACAUUUUCUUGACGAAACAAUAAAAAGAAACUUUUUCUUUUAUAAGAAUCUUAAA